AUGUGCAGCAUGGAAUGUUUCGGCGAUCAGUACAGAGGAUGUGGGCAUUACGUCCGAAUCUACCAGACUGGAAUUACAUACGAUUGUGCCCGGCCGAAUUGCAAACUAAGCGCAUCGCAUAUGCAUAAAACCGCCAAGAACUGCGGGUGUAACAUGGAAUUUUCUGAUCACCGCAGAGUCCGCAACCUAUUCCAAACAAAAUGUGAAGCUUGCCUGGAGUACGAGGGUGGAGGUUCGGAUGAUUACGGCCGGCGAGGGGGACGCCACUGGUGA